AUGGGAUCAACGACCUCGGAUCCGACCACAAGCUAUCCGGUCGCCAUCGUCGGAGGCGGUCCCACGGGGCUGUCGGCUUCUAUUCUUCUGUCACAGUGCAAUAUCCCGCAUGUCUUGUUCGAGAGGUACCCAUCAACGUCCAUCCACCCCAAAGCAUGCGGUUACAAUCACCGCACCGUAGAGAUUUGGCGGCGCAUGGGGAUCGAAGACGAGUUGAUCAAGAAGCGCGCCCCAGUGAACAUGUUCAGUAGGACGGGGUGGUACACCAGCUUUGGACCGACCGGCCGGGAGAUUGUCAGCCGAGACUCGUGGGGCGGUGGUGCAUAUGAGGAGGAAUAUGCGUCCGUCUCGCCCUGUCAGUAUUCCAUCCUGCCCCAAAUCCGACUGGAACCUAUCCUGCAGAAGCGAGCAUUAGAGCUCAACCCCAGCGGCAUCCUAUACAACACGGAAGUCACCAAAGUCGAGGAAGCAGACGAUCACGUUCUCAUCAGCUAUCAGCGCAAGGGCCACCCCUCCGAGACCCUGCGAGCGAAGUACUGCAUUUGUGCGGAUGGUGGGCGCGGACUGACUGAACAGCUCGGAAUUGGCUGGGAAGGGGAACGCGAUGUCAUGAACAUGGUGUCCGCACACAUCCGCGCUCCUUUAUCCUUUCACCACCCCGACAUUCGAAACUUUAUAACCUGGUUUGUCAAUCCACGACUCGGCGGCACCAUCGGUUCUGGCUACCUCUACCACCUGGGCCCGUACCCAAUAUCGCCCGAUACCGAGGAGUGGGUCUUCGCGUGCGGGUUGGCCUCCGGCGAGAGAAGCAUGGACGGACCGGCUGUGCUGAACAGGAUGCACAAGACGCUGCAAAUUCCAGACCUCAAGCCAGAACUUCUCUCCACCAGUUAUUGGUACGUCAAUGCACUGACCGCGAGGCGCUAUCGCAGCAAGAUUUCAACGGGACGGGUCUUCGUCGUCGGGGAUGCAGCCCAUCGGAUUCCCCCAUGGGGCGCUUUGGGGCUCAAUACUGGCGUGCAAGACGUGGACAAUCUCGUGUGGAAGUUGAAUCUAGCAGUCAGUGGCAUCACAUCGUCUCUAGACCCUGGUGCAAAUCUCAACGCAUUGCUCGACACAUACGAUUCUGAGCGUCGACCAAUCGGCCAACGCGUGCGCGACAGCGCAUUACACAACCUCCGCUCGCACGGACUGGUCAUGGACCACGCCAUCGGCGUUUCUCCCUCCAACCCCCAAAUUGCGAACGUUGCCAACAUGAACUCUUUCCUGAAUGCGUCAGCAGAUGACCCUGAAGCCGUGGCCCGUCGCGAAGCAGUUGAUCGCGCGCUGCAAACUCUCGACGCCGAGUUCCACGCACUAGGUGCGGAGGUCGGCUGGUUCUACCCUGAUGUCGACGUCGACGGGGAGGGCAAGGCAACGAAUCACGACGGCCAGCUUACCGAAGACGGACAACUAGACUCGGUGUAUUAUCAUCCUUCGACCAUUCCGGGACACCACUUGCCGCAUGCUUGGCUGGAACAGGACGGGCGGAGGUUAUCAACGAGGGAUCUUGUCCGGUACGAUGGAUUCGCACUCUUUACGUCGCGGCCUGGACUGUGGAGCAAGGCCGUAGAGGAGGAUGGCCACGGGUUAGUGAGCCUUGUGGAGAUUAUGGACAAGAAUAUGGGCUCGUCUGGUGGCCAGUCAUCCGGAUGGAAGGACGUUGACGGUGAAUGGGCUACCGAGUGCGGUAUUGGAAGCUCCGGCGCCGUGUUGGUUCGACCGGAUGGGAUCGUUGUCUGGCGGGCCAAGGAGUUCGACCAAGACAAACAUUCUGGCCGCGGAUGGCUCAGUAAUGUACUCCGCAGGGCUUUGAGGCUUCCAUAG